GCUUGGGUUAUUUUAGAUCGUGCGGGGUGCAUAAAUAGACGCGAUGCCCAAGAUUCUAGUGUCGCCCUAGUAGAUGAAGUCUAAAUCUAGUCUAAACCCCAUUAUUUUACAUCAUUGUAUAUUGAAAUGGGUAGCCCGGAGAAGUUCGACAUUUUCGUCUUCAGCAAAACCGUGGGCUACAGGCAUGACUCCAUCCCAGCAGGUAUAGAGGGCCUCAGGAACCUCGGCGCUUCAACCAAUUCAUUUAACGUCACGGCCUCAGAGGACUCAUCCCUGGUCAACGCAACCUUCCUCUCGCGGUUCAAAGUCGUCGUGUUCUUAUCUACCAGCGGCGAAUUUCUCACCAGCGAAGAAUUACAAGGUCUGAAGACCUUCGUCAAUAAUGGCGGUGGCUUCGUCGGCAUUCACUGUGCUGCGGCGGGAAUGUACGGAGAGCCGUGGUACGGCGAGCUCGUCGGCGCUUAUUUCGCGGAUCAUCCGGAGCCGCAGCACGGUGUUGUACGGGUGGAGAAUAAGGAUCAUGUUAUAGUGUCUGGUUACCCGGAAGAGAGCAAAUGGUUUGAUGAAUGGUAUAAUUUCAAGUCGAAUCCGCGCGAUAAAGUCACGGUGCUGUUGUCGACGGAUGAGUCGCUGUAUCAGGGCGGCACGAUGGGUUCCGAUCAUCCAUUGGCGUGGUGUCGCGAGUUUGAUGGGGGUAGGACGUUUUAUACUGCUCUGGGACAUUUUGAUGAGGCGUACCGGGAUCAGGCUUUCCUGACACAUUUGUUGAAUGGCAUUCUUUGGGCUGCGCGGGUUGUUUAGUGAUCCGGGCCUCAGAUGAACUAUCUGUGAGAAUGUUGAUGAUUAGUCGAUUCAUAAUUAAUAGUAUCAAUUUGAUACUAUAAGCCAUUCAUCCCAUGAAUCACACGAUUUCGUAUAUUCUCAGUUGACUUCCUCUCAUUCCUUGCUCCCCUUUUCUCUCUUUUCCCGCUUUUUUAUUAUCUUUAUUACCAUUCAUACUACUCACAGCAAUUUUCGUGGCUCAGUUUGUUAGACCCCAUGUACCUUCUUUGCAAAUCCUGUC